GCGCGCUGAUAUAGGGGCGCUGGCGUCACUUCCGCCUUCUUUUCCAGAGGGGGACCAGCGCCGAGGACUGGCCGCCAUGUCUCUGGUGAUCCCCGAGAAGUUCCAGCACAUCCUGCGGGUCCUCAACACCAACAUCGAUGGGCGGAGGAAGAUCGCCUUCGCCAUCACCGCCAUCAAGGGGGUGGGCCGCCGCUACGCCCACGUGGUGCUGAGGAAGGCCGACAUCGACCUGACCAAGAGGGCCGGAGAGCUCACCGAGGACGAGGUGGAGCGCGUCAUCACCAUCAUGCAGAACCCGCGGCAGUACAAGAUCCCAGACUGGUUCCUCAACCGACAGAAGGACGUCAAGGACGGAAAAUACAGCCAGGUGCUGGCCAACGGGCUGGACAACAAGCUGCGGGAGGACUUGGAACGGCUGAAGAAGAUCCGGGCGCACCGAGGCCUGCGGCACUUCUGGGGGCUGCGAGUUCGAGGCCAGCACACCAAGACCACCGGCCGCAGGGGCCGCACCGUGGGCGUCUCCAAGAAGAAGUAGUAGCCGCCUAAUAAAGCGCUCGUCGUCUCACACACGUAC